AGGAAUGUUCUUUUAUCAAGAGAAAUGGAGGCCAAGGGUUUAGGGUUUAGGGUUAGGGCUGCUGCAAAUAGGAUGGAGACGAGAGUUUUCCCAAGUCGAGCUUAUGCAUGGCGUCUGAGCUUUGAGGGUGUGAUGCCACAAGAGUGGUGGGAUGGAUUUGCAACAAAAGCUGAGAUGUACAACUCACUUGGUCGACGUAUAAAGGCCAGGCAACUCAGAACAAAAGAUGUGGCACCAGGAAUUGAUAAGCAAGUUCUUGUCGAGUUGGGUCUGUUGGAAGAAGCGAACGCUGACAAGCUCACGAAGUGGGGCUAUCGAAAGCUGGUCAGGGAGUUCAAUGGAGACUUCAAGUCGGCAAAGGCUCUAUUGAUCGACUUCUCCAUGACCACCAAAGAGCUUGCUAGCUUAUCAGCUCUAGAGAUGCAGGAGAAGCUUGGGCAGUGCCUGAGGUCAAAGGGGAUUGAGGGUGACGGGUUCGAAAAGGUUUUGACGGUUAAGAGCUGGGUCACAUAUCAUAACCCAGCUGUUGGCAAUUUGCUUCCGGCGUCCAGAACCUGCCGUGAAGAAGAUGUCGAGGGCGAGGUUGUGAACAUUGUUAAAAUAGACAAGUCCAUUAUCAACAAGAUCGAUGCUGCCAGCACAAAGGAGACUGCUAAUGAAGAAGAUAAGCCUCCUGAGGAGAACAAGAGUGAAGAGAACAACAGCGUGGAGGUGCCCAAGAAAAGAAAAGAUAAGCCUCCUGAGGAGAACAAGAGUGAGGUGCCCAAGAAAAGAAAAGGAGAGAAAAAGGCCAACAGAACAAGGAAGAAGAAAAAGAUCGAAAUACAUCUUAAAAUUUAUGUCUAA